GUUGAGGCUGAAGUCUGUAACCGUAGUCGAGUUAAUGUACGUGAUUCGAAGCGAUCCGAAGCAGCAGAUCAUGCCAUGCUACAUAGAAGAUCGUGGAAGUAUUAUCACAGGACACUCAACAAAAGAAUUUACCCAUAUAAGAUGAGACGCAGAGCAGGAGUUGGAGCGAUCCAAAAGCAGAAGUUGGAACAGGAGAAAUAUAAGGAUAAAGGCACCGAACUUCAGGAAAGUCAAUUGGAACAAAUGUCUAAACAGUUGGAAGUAUUUCGAGGUAAUCUAGAAGAAUUUGCAUCGAAACACAAAACAGAAAUACGUAAAAACGCACAGUUCAGACGGCAGUUCCAGGAAAUGUGUGCAGCUAUUGGCGUUGACCCCUUGGCUUCCGGAAAAGGAUUUUGGUCAGUUCUUGGCAUAGGUGAUUUUUAUUACGAACUGAGUGUACAAAUUGUUGAGGUGUGCCUUGCAACGAAUUAUAAGAACGGUGGGCUUAUUAGCCUGGAUGAGUUGCGGCAACGAUUAAUACAAGCUCGAGGCAGAAAUAAACAACACCAAGAAAUAUCAAUAGACGACUUAUUACGUGCAGCACAGAAACUGAGAAUAUUCGGUAGUGGUUUCUCUGUCUUACCAGUAGGGAAAGGUCAGUACUUGGUACAGUCAGUGCCAGGUGAACUAAGUAUGGAUCACACUGCAGUGUUGCAGCAAGCAGCCAGUAGUGGUACAGCUCAUGUGUCAAUAUCUCUGCUUCGUGAUCAGCUAAGGUGGGAGAGUGAACGUGCCCAAAAGGCACUAGAUCAUAUGGUUAAGGAGGCUCUUGCAUGGAUUGAUCAGCAAAAUCCAGUAGAAGAUUUGUAUUGGUUCCCAAGUUUAUUUGCAGCAUGUAUUACUGCCUCAUAAAUGUGUAAUGUAGUCUGUGCUUACAUCAGUGAGAAAUAAUACCAAAAGACAUAGCAGGCAUCUUCAUUAAAACUGUGACAGAAGUAUUUGUAGGACUGUCUGUGUAACCUGCCAAGUUUAACUGUAUUAUGUAACCCUGUCAGACAUGAUGCAGUGCUGUUGGAUGCAUUUGUAUUUACUUAUGAAAUAUUCCCAUACAUGAUACAAGUAACCAGAUACAUAAACCAGCAUAAACA